GUGGCCAGCUGCUGACAUCACACCCCAUUGACCGAACGUGUCGCUGUUGUCUCCUUUCCUGCACCGUGGGGUUGAAAACAUCCGAAAAACAGGAGUAAAAAUGGCAUUCACCUCCCAAGGCACAAAGAAAAAAGUUUGCUACUACUAUGAUGGUGAUGUUGGGAAUUACUACUACGGUCAGGGCCAUCCCAUGAAGCCUCACCGCAUCCGCAUGACACACAACCUGCUGCUCAACUAUGGCCUCUACAGAAAGAUGGAGAUAUAUCGUCCACACAAAGCCAGCGGAGAGGAGAUGACCAAGUACCACAGCGACGAUUACAUCAGGUUCUUGCGCUCCAUCAGGCCGGACAACAUGUCGGAGUACAGCAAACAGAUGCAGAGAUUUAAUGUGGGAGAGGACUGUCCAGUCUUUGACGGCUUGUUUGAGUUCUGCCAGCUCUCUGCAGGGGGAUCUGUUGCGGGCGCCGUGAAGUUGAACAAACAGCAGACAGACAUCGCGAUCAACUGGGCCGGGGGGCUUCACCACGCCAAGAAGUCGGAAGCCUCUGGGUUUUGCUACGUCAACGACAUCGUACUGGCUAUCCUGGAGUUACUGAAAUACCAUCAGAGAGUUUUGUAUAUAGAUAUUGACAUCCAUCAUGGAGACGGUGUGGAGGAGGCCUUCUACACCACGGACCGUGUCAUGACUGUGUCCUUCCACAAGUAUGGAGAGUACUUCCCAGGCACUGGUGACCUCAGGGACAUCGGUGCUGGAAAGGGUAAAUAUUAUGCUGUGAAUUAUCCACUGAGAGAUGGGAUUGAUGACGAGUCCUAUGAAGCCAUUUUCAAACCUAUCAUGGCAAAGGUGAUGGAGAUGUACCAGCCCAGUGCAGUGGUCCUCCAGUGCGGCGCUGACUCUCUGUCAGGGGACAGACUCGGCUGCUUCAACCUCACAAUUAAAGGCCAUGCCAAGUGUGUGGAGUACAUAAAGAGCUUCAACCUGCCGCUGCUGAUGCUGGGAGGAGGCGGCUAUACCAUCCGUAACGUGGCACGCUGCUGGACAUUCGAGACUGCUGUGGCCCUUGAUAGCUCCAUCCCCAACGAGCUCCCAUACAACGACUACUUUGAGUACUUUGGACCAGACUUCAAGCUGCACAUCAGCCCGUCCAACAUGACCAAUCAGAACACGAACGACUACCUGGAGAAGAUCAAGCAGCGCUUGUUUGAGAACCUGCGAAUGUUGCCUCACGCCCCUGGAGUCCAGAUGCAAGCCAUCCCCGAAGACGCCGUGCACGAGGACAGCGGCGAUGAAGACGAAGAUCAGAACAAGCGCAUAUCGAUCCGGGCUCACGACAAAAGGAUAGCGUGUGAAGAAGAGUUCUCUGACUCUGAGGACGAAGGCGAAGGAGGCCGCAGGAAUACCGCCAGCUACAAGAAAGCCAAGAGGACCAAAACCGAAGGAGAGAAGGAGGCGGAAGAGAAGAAGAAAGGUGCAGAGGAAACGAAAGAAGUUAAAGAAGAGGAGAAAGUACCAGAGGAGGAAAAAAUGGACACGUCAAAGCCAAAUGAGGAGCCCAAGACACCUUGAGGUCCUGAGCUCCCAGUGAUGCCAGCACAUCAGAUCAGAGCUGGUCUUAAAGUGACGUUGUUUUUGGUUUGAAUAAACAAUCCUAUUGGACUGUUGCAGUGAAAGCUGGUAAAGGACUGUAUAUUUUGAGACCAAUGGAGAGUAAUUAUUUGCUCUUUUUAAGAAAAAUCUUUGCAACUUUGCUGUUUUUGGACAAAUUGUUUUGAGUAUUUUUUUUUGUAUGGGUUUUCAUCUUUUUUUAUUUACUAUAUUUGCUUUGUGGGUUGUGGAGACAUCUGUUAAAAACAGCUUGGCAUGUGUCCAGUUUAUAUACAUGGAUCUAAUUUAACUCUUACAUCGUAUCUUUUGACCCCACUUGUGUUAUAUGCCUUUGGAGUCGUAGCAGAAUAAUGUAGACAUGUUUGAUCCUUUUCUAGAAAACGUGUGACUGGUCUUGUCUGCCAAAAUCUGUAAGAUUUGUAUAUUUUUGGUUUGUUCUUUUUAAGAAAAUCUCAUUUGAAUAUUUUUAAGUUAGCUGGAUAUAAAUCAACUUGUGUGUACUUCUCAGUUGCAGAAUCACUUUUGGGAUUUUUCAGAGACUUUAACAAAAGCUGUCGAGGUUACAACUGUAUUAAAGUUUUUUUUAAUAAC